AUGAUUUUUCUUCUUGUGAAAUCACUUAUUAAUUUUAAGAAUGGGAAUGGAGAAGAUUCAGAAAGCAUGGAAGCAAUGAAUAUUGAAAAUGCCCAACUUGAAAAUAGUUUGUCAAGCUUGAGUAGUAAUGAUAUGCAUCAUUUAAAUGAAUUUUCACAAGAGCUUAUCUUAAACCAUGAUAUGGAAACAGAAGAACUGGUUGUAGAAAAUCAAGAAGUAAUAGAACACGAAGAAGAAGUUGAAACGGAAGAAGUAGCAACCGAAGAUUUGGAAGUAAUCAUAGAUCAGUCCAAUAAAGUAGACGAACAUUUUUCGGAUCUGAAAAUUAGUAAACUUAACAUGGCGGUACCUCCUUUAAGGCCAUUAACUAUUGCGCCGAAACCUACAAAAGUUCCCCUUGCUGUCAAGGCGGUCAGUGGACAGCCUUUACUAUUUUUACAAGGUGCUGGAUCAGGCCAAACAAUAAAAUUAGUAGCUUCACAGGGCCAGGAAAUCAACUUAGCUAAUAUCAUAUCCAGACCUUUGACAAUAAAACCUUCUUUCAAAACGAUAUCAACUCAAGGUAGUAACAUUUCUCUGGUUCAACAAAAGCCUGUGCUGAUGAAGAAAGUAGUCCCAGCCAAUUCAAAAACUGUUACAAAACCUGUAAAUAGUAUACCAAAGCCAACACAACAUUUUAUGGUCGUGCAAAAGUCAGAUCAACAACAACUCAAAUUAAUACAGGCUCAAGGAAACGUAUUGGGUGUUCCGACUCCAACAAAAACCAUCACUUUACAACAAGCGCAGGAGAUGGGGUUGAUAACGAGCACUAAAAUAGCCCAACCUGGACUUUCUACUGCAAAGCAGUCGGUUUUGUUAGCAAAAAAUCCACAGAAAUCGAUAAAGUUGUUGCCACAGAGCAGUGCUCCCCAAAUAUUGACUACCGCGGACCUACAAAACAUACCUGCAAAAACGGUUACUUUAAAUCAAGUGAAGGCUCCAACGAAAAUAUUACCGGCGGUUUCGAACUCUAUAAAUAAAGGCACACAAAGGCUCAUCUUUAAAACGGCUGCUGGUAAUCAGACCAUUUUGCCACAGGGACAAAUUCUGCAGGUCUCUACUGCACAGGCCAUGAAUUCUGGACAGGUGCAUCAAAUUAAUAUACCUGGUAAAGGGAUGCAAUACAUAAAAUUUGUAACUACCAGCACGGCCGAUGCGAACACAACAACUGCCGGUAAUGUUGUAAAAUCUUCUCCCAUUGUGACACCAGCAAAUAUUGUUUUAUCAGAAGUAAAACCCAUCUCAACACUAAAUAGGAUCGUACCGAAAAUCCACCCCAAAGACAAAGUUCCCAUAUCGCCCAACAGCAAAACUUUGACGAGCACACCUCUGAUGGUGAUGCCCGUGCAGAUCCCUACCACGCAAUCCAUUCAGUUCCAUUCAAAAGUUACCAAAGUAUCCAUAGCUCCUCCGGCUUCUCCUCAACAGAAACCUGCAGGAUCUACUAAAUCCUCGACUGGAUCAAAUGAAAAUACCUCUCCUCAAUCUAAAGAGGAGCUGGAUGCCAACGGCAUGAGACCUAGGAAGCCGUGUAACUGUAACAAGUCUCAGUGUUUGAAGCUGUACUGUGAUUGUUUCGCUAACGGAGAAUUCUGUUUUAUGUGCAAUUGUAUGAAUUGUUUUAAUAAUUUAGAAAACGAAGAUCAUCGGAAUAGAGCGAUCAAAGCAUGCUUGGAACGAAAUCCCAACGCUUUCAGACCAAAAAUUGGCAAAGCAAAGGAUGUAGUAGGAGAUACUUCCAUAAGGAAGCAUACCAAGGGCUGUAAUUGUAAGAGAUCUGGAUGUCUUAAGAAUUACUGCGAAUGUUAUGAGGCCAAGAUCGCAUGUUCCAAUAAUUGCAAGUGUUUUGGCUGUCGGAAUAUAGAAGAAGCUAUAGAUAAGAAGAGUGUAAGGCAUUUAAGCGAAAAAGCUACCAACACGCCCGCUUGUCCCGCCCCCCUCGAUGUAAACGGCAAAAGCCUAGGACUGUUUCGACAACGGCGAAGUUCCAGUUCAAGAAAGCAAACCAUAAAUUUUAUAACGGACGACGUCAUAGAAGCUACGUGUCAGUGUCUAUUAACAAUUUCCGACAACGCAGACGAAACCAUUCAAGACGAAGAAAUAACGAAACGUCUAAUCAUAGAAGAAUUCGGUAGAUGUCUAACGGAGAUAAUAGACUGCUCGUCGAACCGUAGUCUAAGUUAG